CAUCGUUUUCGCAUCGAAUAUAAGCAUAAUGGCUCGUACUAAGCAGACCGCUCGUAAGUCCACCGGAGGCAAGGCUCCUCGCAAACAGCUGGCCACCAAAGCCGCUCGCAAGAGCGCUCCAGCCACCGGAGGAGUGAAGAAGCCUCAUCGCUACCGGCCAGGAACCGUCGCUCUGCGUGAGAUCCGCCGUUACCAAAAAUCGACCGAACUGCUGAUCCGCAAGUUACCUUUCCAACGUCUGGUCCGUGAAAUCGCUCAGGACUUCAAGACCGAUCUGCGCUUCCAAAGUUCGGCCGUCAUGGCCCUACAGGAAGCCAGCGAGGCCUAUCUGGUCGGUCUGUUUGAAGAUACCAACCUGUGCGCCAUCCACGCCAAGCGUGUCACGAUCAUGCCAAAGGACAUCCAGCUGGCUCGUCGUAUCCGUGGUGAACGCGCUUCGAGGUCGACCCCUCAUAGACAGUAUCUUGCCGACUUUCAAACAACACUUGCAAUGGCUCGUACCAAGCAGACCGCUCGUAAAUCCACCGGAGGAAAGGCUCCUCGCAAGCAGCUGGCCACCAAGGCUGCUCGAAAGAGUGCUCCAGCCACCGGAGGUGUGAAGAAGCCUCAUCGGUACCGGCCAGGAACCGUCGCUCUGCGUGAGAUCCGCCGUUACCAGAAGUCAACCGAACUGCUUAUCCGCAAGUUGCCUUUUCAACGUCUGGUCCGUGAAAUCGCUCAGGACUUCAAGACCGAUUUGCGCUUCCAGAGCUCGGCCGUCAUGGCCCUGCAGGAAGCCAGCGAGGCCUAUCUGGUCGGUCUGUUCGAAGAUACGAAUCUGUGCGCCAUCCAUGCCAAGCGUGUCACGAUCAUGCCAAAGGACAUCCAGCUGGCUCGUCGUAUCCGUGGUGAACGUGCUUAAAUUAUAUCUGGUGUAAAGUGAUCGCAACUGUUUAAAAAAAAUCGG